GAAGAGGGAGAGGCAGAAGGCGGUUUUACGAGCAGACGUGUCGUGUGUAUCUCUCUAGGGCAUAACAAUCCCUCUCCGAAGCUAAUACAAAGAACGAAAGCAGCCGUACUCCCUCUCCUCUGUUCAGCAAGAGAGAGAGAGAGAGACAAACCCUAGAUAACAUUUCCGAUGGGGAAGAAGAAACGUGAUUCCGGGGAACCUACUCGUGCCGAAACAACCAGGAUUUGGGCUACCAAGUUCCUCGAAGAUUUUCGCGCCUCCCCCGAUGAAGUUUAUACCUUCGAGUCUCAUCUUUCGAAUCAAGAACGUGGUGCAAUUCAUCAGAUGUGCCAGAAAAUGGGUUUGUACUCGAAAAGUUCCGGGGUUGGGGAUCAAAGGCGUAUUUCCAUUUACAAACAUAAAAUUCCCAAGGGAAAGUCUAAAAACUCUAAGAAGAAGGAAGAUAACAAACCGAAGAUUUCAUUUUCACCAGAGGCAAAAGCUAUUCUGCAGGAGUUAUUUAUGCAUCACCCACCUUGUGAGGAAGAUGCUGAAGAGACAUCAUUUGAAAAAUAUAUUGAAAAGUCAGGUAGAGGGUGCUCAUGGAAAGAUGACUUUUUCAGUAAACCUCAGAUGAACAGAGAAGAAUUAGCAAAAAAAGUGGCAUCCUUAGCUACUAGAGUAGAAAAGGAUACGAGGCUUCAGCAGAUAGCUGAAAAGCGGUCAAAGCUUCCAAUAGCAUCUUUCCGUGAUGCCAUUACAUCUGCUGUGGAAUCCAAUCAGAUUGUUCUCAUUUCUGGUGAAACUGGAUGCGGGAAAACUACUCAGGUACCUCAAUACCUUUUAGACCAUAUGUGGAGCAAGGGGGAAGCUUGCAAAAUUAUUUGCACUCAACCUCGCCGUAUCUCAGCCAUAUCUGUUUCUGAGAGAAUAUCAUGCGAAAGAGGUGAAAGUAUAGGACACGAUAUUGGCUUCAAGGUUCGGCUGCAAACCAGGGGUGGAAGGCAUUCAUCAGUUGUGUUUUGCACGAAUGGCAUUCUGUUGAGGGUGCUUGUUGGCCAAGGUUCUGGCAGUUGUGUGUCCAACAUAACUCACAUCAUUGUGGAUGAAAUCCAUGAAAGGGAUUGCUUCUCUGAUUUCAUGUUGGCAAUUUUGAGGGACAUGCUUCCAACAAAACCUCAUCUCCGACUGAUUUUAAUGAGUGCUACCCUUGAUGCUGGGAGAUUUUCUGAAUAUUUUGGAGGUUGCCCUGUUAUUCGUGUUCCUGGAUUCACUUAUCCGGUGAGAACGUUUUAUCUAGAGGAUGUUCUCUCUAUUCUGAAAUCAGGGGAAACCAAUCAUCUUGACUCGGUCAACUUGAAUACAUUAGAAGACAAACAUGAUAUCACAGAUGCAGAUAAAAUUGCUUUGGAUGAAGCAAUGGAUUUGGCUUGGUUGAAUGAUGAGUAUGAUGCGCUGCUAGAUCUAGUUUCUCCUGCGGGAACUAGCAAAAUUUACAAUUACCAGCACUCAUCAACCUGGCUAACACCACUAAUGGUCUUUGCUGGAAAGGGCAGGGUCAGUGAUGUCUGCAUGCUCCUCUCAUUUGGUGCAGAUUGGAGUCUGAAGUCUAAAGAUGGUUUAACAGCAUUAAAAUUGGCUGAAAGGGAAAAUCAGCUUGAAGCUGCUCAAAUAAUAAGAGAAUAUGCUCAAAAUUCCAAGUCACAGCAAGGAGAGCAGUUGCUUGAUAAUUAUAUGGCGACUGCGAACCCAGAGCAGGUUGAUGUGGGUCUUAUAACGCGUUUGUUGAGAAAAAUAUGUGGUGAUUCAGAAGAUGGGGCCAUUCUUGUUUUUCUACCUGGGUGGGAUGAUAUAAACAAAAUGAGAGAGAAACUUCUUGAUAAACCUUUCUUUGCAGCAAGGAAUAAAUUCAGCAUUAUAUGUCUUCACUCGUUGAUUCCAGCAGAAGAGCAGAGGAAAGUUUUUGAACGCCCUCCUCCAGGAUGUCGCAAGAUUGUGCUUGCUACCAAUAUUGCUGAAUCAGCCAUUACAAUUGAUGAUGUGGUUUAUGUCGUAGAUAGUGGCCGGAUGAAGGAAAAGAGCUACGACCCUUACAAUAAUGUGUCAACACUCCAAUCUUCAUGGGUCUCUAAAGCAAAUGCAAAACAGCGAGAGGGUCGAGCAGGCCGCUGCCAACCUGGCAUUUGUUAUCAUCUCUAUUCCAGUGUCCGAGCAUCCUCUUUGCCAGAAUUCAGCGUUCCUGAAAUUAGGAGGAUGCCAAUAGAAGAAGUCUGCUUACAGGUCAAGAUGCUUGAUCCAAAUUGUAAAAUACAUCAUUUCCUUCAAAAAUUGAUGGACCCACCUGUUUCUGAGAGUAUUGGAAAUGCAUUAACCGUCCUUCAAGACAUUGGGGCCUUCACACCUGAGGAAGAGCUGACAGAGUUUGGGGAGAGAAUUGGCCGUCUCCCAAUCCACCCUGUGAUAUGCAAGAUGCUUUUCUUCGCUGUACUAGUAAACUGUCUGGAUCCAGCUCUUACUCUUGCAUGUGCCUCUGACUACAAGGAUCCGUUCACCUUGCCCAUGUGUCCAACUCUAAAGAAGAAAGCUGAUGACGCGAAAGUUGAGUUUGCAUCACUCUAUGGAGGUGAUAGUGAUCACCUAGCGGUCGUUGCCGCCUAUGAGGGGUGGAAAGAAGCAAAACAAAGUCAUCAAGAGGCAAAAUUCUGCUCUGAGCACUUUGUUUCCAUGAAUGCCAUGAGGAUGUUGGAUGGAAUGCGGAAACAACUCAAGUCGGAACUUGUUAGACAUGGGCUUAUUCCUCAAGAUGUAUCAAGUUGUAGCUUGAAUUCGCAUGAUCCUGGAAUACUCCGAGCUGUUCUAGUGGUGGGUUUGUACCCUAUGGUAGGAAAAUGGUUGCCACCUUCCGCGAAUAGUAAAAAACCUGUCGUGGAGACUGCUAGUGGAGCCAAAGUUCGUCUGUCUUCUCGUUCGAUUGCUUUCAAGACAUUGUCCGACAAGGGUGAUGGUUGUACGCUGCUUGUUUACGAUGAGAUCACCCGUGGGGAUUGGGGUAUGCACAUAAGGAACUCCACUGCCGUUUGCCCUCUCCCAUUGGUUCUAUUCUCGACAGAGAUAGCCGUAGCACCUGCAGAAACCCUCGGCAAUGGAGAUCAUGGAGAAGUGGUUGAAGGAGGAGGUAACAUGGUUGAAGAAGAUGGAAUGGACAUAGAUAAAGGAGGCAGUAAUCAUGGAGAGAAAAUCAUGUCUUCGCCUGAUAAUUUUGUAACUAUGGUGGUGGACCGGUGGUUGUCUUUCAAAACAACAGCCCUUGAAGCUGCUCAAAUCUACAUCUUGAGACAGCGAGUAUCCGCGUCUAUUUUGCUCAAGGUAAGACAACCGCAGGAGGAUUUGCCGCCUCAUCUUGGAGCAUCAAUGUACGCAAUAUCUUGUCUACUUUCCUAUGAUGGCAUAAGGCAGUCAGUGGGACCACUGACUUCAAUGGCGGAUGAAACCGUGAAUGGUUGCACCAGAAAAGGCAGAGGAAAGAAGCAGAAAGGGAAACGAUAAUCUAACCUUCCAGUUAAAAGAAACUCCGAUCUCGUUCCAUGAGUUAAAAAAAAAAAAAAAAAGCAGUGGGGUUAGUUGUUUGAUUCUUUCAUCCUCAAUCUGAAGCAGAUAAGGUUAAAAUGAUCUCAUUUUAGGUCUCGCAUGAUUUGUUACGGUUAUCUCGUUUUAGGAAUCUUUAUCAGAUUCUGUAAAAUCCCCAUUUACCAAAAGGAAUGAGCAAAGAAGUGAAUUUGGCAAACA